GGUGACUUGAAGGUACGUUCUGGACUUUGGAGCUCCGUCAAGCUGCCGGACAAAAGCUGAAUUUGCCCCCCCCCGCAUUAGUGAGUGUAGCUCACCUCUCCAACCCAGCGCAUCCUUAGGAUACUGGGGGUGGAGCGACGGCGCUCUGUCCCGGUAAGGGGAGGAGAGAACGGGGAGCAGAGGCGGUACUUUCUCCGCGGCUCGUUUCUCGGCGCUGGAGAGUGUGGGACCAGGGCUGGAGAGACCGCCGGGGAGCAUCAGCAGAACCAGUCCAGCACGGAGUCUCGCCUGGCCGACCGCUGCGCCGUGCACUCUUUUUUUGGGGGGGGACUGCACAACAUUCCUGUGAAAUAUAACUGCUUUUAAUGGCAUGUGGCUUGUAACUUUACUUCUGCUGUAUUCUUUGCAAGAAGUCAACAGUGAGGAUGUUGUCUCUACACGGCUGUACUUUGUGAACGCCUCCCUGCAGCGGGUGACCUUCUCCAGCUCGGUGGGGGUGUCCCUGCCCUGCCCUGCGGGCGGCGCCCCCCAUGCCGUCCUGCGCUGGUACCUGGCCGCCGGAGACGACAUUUACGACGUGCCCCAUAUCCGCCACGUGCAUGCCAACGGCACCCUUCAGCUCUACCCGUUCUCCCCCUCUGCCUAUAACAGCAUUAUCCAUGACAACGAGUACUUCUGCACUGCUGAGAACCAGGCGGGCAAGAUUCGUAGCCCCAGCAUCCACGUCAAAGCAGUGUUCAGGGAGCCCUACACAGUCCGUGUGGCCGACCAGCGCUCCAUGCGGGGUAAUGUCGCCGUGUUCAAGUGCCUCAUCCCCUCAGCCGUCCAGGAGUACGUCAGCGUGGUGUCCUGGGAGAAAGACACUGUCUCCAUUGUCCCAGGUAACCGUUUCUUCCUGACCUCAUUUGGCGCUCUGUAUAUCUCAGAAGUGCAGAAGGAAGAUGCUCUGUCCACCUACCGCUGCAUAACAAAGCACAAGUACAGUGGAGAGACUCGCCAGAGCAAUGGAGCCAGGCUCUCUGUUAUGGACCCUACGGAGUCCACCCCGUCAGUGCUGGACAGUUUCCAGUCCGGUGAGGUGCAAGUGGGGCACAGUGUGGAGCUGCCCUGCAUCGCAUCCGGAUAUCCCAACCCCACCAUCCGAUGGCUAAAGGACGGUCGGCCAUUACCUUCAGACUCCCGCUGGACGCGGCGCAUCACCGGCCUCACCAUUUCCGACUUGAGGCUCGAGGACAGUGGCAACUACAUCUGUGAGGUCACCAACAGCUUUGGCUCCAAAGAGGUGACAGGUCACCUCAAUGUCAUAGAGCCACUGCGGGUCACUUUGUCUCCCAAGAACCUGAAGACGGGGAUCAGCAGCACGGUCAUCCUGUCCUGUGCCGUCCAGGGUUCCCCCCACUUUAUCGUGUCCUGGUACCGUAACACAGAACCUGUGCUGCCUGAUCAACACUUUUCCAUCCAGGGGGCUCAUAAUGAGACGUUGUUCAUUUCCGCUGCACAAAAGAGGCACUCGGGAGCUUACCAGUGCUUUGCCACGCGCAAGGGCCAAACUGCACAGGACUUUUCCAUCAUACUGCUGGAAGAUGGUACACCCCGUAUCGUUGCCUCCUUCAGCGAGAGGGUCGUGGUCCCGGGUGAACCGUUUUCCUUGAUGUGUGCCGCCAAAGGAGCACCUCCUCCCACCAUCACCUGGACCCUGGAUGACGAGCCUGUGGCCCGGGACCUGUCUCGUGUCAGAGCCAGCCAGUACACGCUAUCCGACGGCAGCACCGUGAGCCACGUCAACGUCAGCAGCCCGCAGAUUCGCGAUGGAGGAGUGUAUCGGUGCGCCGCACGAAACUCGGCUGGUAGUGCCGAGUACCAAGCGCGCAUAAACGUAAGAGGUCCUCCGAGAAUUCGGCCCAUGAAGAACAUCACGGCAGUGGCUGGAAGAAACACGUUCAUAAACUGCCGUGUGAUUGGGUACCCUUAUUACUCAAUCAACUGGUACAAGGAGGGGCUUCUGCUGCCUGACAACCAUCGCCAGGUGGUGUAUGAGAACGGGACUCUGAAGCUCAGCGAUGUUCAGAAGGGGAUGGACGAGGGGGCCUACGUCUGCAGCGUGCUCAUCCAACCGCAGCUGUUCAUCACGCAGACCGUCUACGUCACAGUCAAAGUUCCUCCGCUGAUCCAGCCAUUUGACUUUCCGCCGACUUCCAUCGGUAAAUUGAUGUACAUCGCCUGCGUGGUGUCAUCGGGAGACAUGCCCAUACGCAUCACGUGGCGCAAGGACGGGCAGGAGAUCGUGCCCUCCUCGGGCAUCACCAUCGACACAAAGGAGUUCAUGAGCUCCCUCCAGAUAUCCAAGGUGUCGCUCAAACACAAUGGCAACUACACCUGCAUCGCCAGCAAUGAUGCUGCCACUGUCAGCACAGAAAGGCAGCUCACAGUUACAGUGCCUCCUCGGUUUGUAGUGCAACCCAACAACCAGGAUGGGAUCUAUGGGAAGGCAGGAAUCCUAAACUGUUCUGUUGAUGGGUACCCUCCUCCUAAGGUCAUGUGGAAACAUGCCAAAGGUGCACUAGCGGGUAUUGGGAAUCCGCAGCAGUACCACCCUGUGCCUCUGACGGGCCGUAUCCAGAUCAUGAAUAACGGCUCUCUGCUCAUCAGACAUGUCUUGGAAGAGGACCGUGGCUUCUACCUCUGUCAGGCCUCCAACGGUGUAGGCUCAGACAUCAGCAAGAGCAUGGUCCUCACUGUUAAGAUCCCAGCAAUGAUCACCAGUCACCCCAACACCACCAUGGCUAAGAAGGGUCACGUGAAGGAGCUGAACUGCACAGCCAGGGGAGAGUGGCCCAUCAUCAUCCGCUGGGAGAGAGGCGACACGGUCAUUGACCCUGACCGCAACCCCCGGUACUCCAUUACUACAAGUCCCAAUGAGAAGACAGACGAGGUGUUGUCUACACUCAAGCUAAAACCAGCAGAGCGUGAGGAUUCAGUCUUCUUUUCUUGUCAUGCCAUCAACUCUUACGGAGAAGGACGAGGCCUUAUCCAGCUCACUGUGCAAGAGCCCCCAGACCCUCCAGAGUUGGAGGUGCGAGAAGUGAAAGAUCGCAGCAUGAAUCUUCGGUGGACCCAGAGAUUUGAUGGAAACAGCGUCAUUACCUCCUAUGACAUCGAGUACAAGAACAAGACAGAUUCCUGGGAGCUGAAACAUGCCACACGAAACAUCUCCCCCACGAACAAUCAGGCCAACAUUGUGGACCUUCACCCUGCCUCCGUCUACAGCAUCCGCAUGUACUCCUACAAUGCCAUAGGCAAAAGCGAGGCCAGUAAGGAGCUCACCAUCAGCACGGAGGAAGCACAGCCUGAUGGUCCUCCCAUGGAUGUAAUCUUGCAGCCGGUGACCUCUCAGAGCAUCAGGGUCACCUGGAAGGCCCCCAGGAAGGAGCUGCAGAACGGGGUGAUCCGGGGUUACCAGAUCGGCUACAGAGAGAACGGUCCGGGCAGUAAUGGCCAGUACAGCAUAGUGGAAAUGAAGGCUACUGGCGACAGUGAGGUCUACACUCUAGACAACCUGAAGAAGUUUGCCCAGUAUGGUGUGGUUGUCCAGGCCUUCAACAGAGCCGGCACUGGGCCCUCUAGCUCAGAAAUCAAUGCUACCACACUGGAAGAUGUGCCCAGCCAGCCUCCUCAAAAUGUUCGAGCCAUUUCUGUAACAUCAGACGAGGCAGUCAUCACAUGGGCUGAACCGCCCAGGAUGACACUGCAUGGCGUGUUGAAGGGAUAUCGUGUCGUAUUCUGGGCUGUCUUCCCAGAUGGAGAAUGGGGUGAAAUGCAAAACAUCACAACCACCAAGGAGCAGGUAGAGCUCAAAGGCCUGGAGAAGUUCACCAACUACAGCAUCCAGGUGCUGGCCUACACCCAGGCUGGAGACGGGGUCCGUAGCAACGUCCUUUAUAUCCAAACUCGUGAAGAUUACCCUGGACCCCCAGCUGGCAUCAAAGCUGUGCCCUCCUCUGCCAGUAGUGUUGUGGUGUCCUGGUUACCUCCUCAUAAACCAAAUGGAAUCAUCCGCAAGUACACCAUCUACUGCUCCAGCCCCGGAUCAGGCCAACCGCUGCCCAGUGAGUACGAAGCCAAUCCAGAGUUGCUGUUCUACCGAAUCACUCACCUCAACCACCGUCAGCAGUACCUGAUCUGGGCUGCGGCUGUCACCACUGCAGGCCGGGGUAACUUCAGCGACAAGGUCACCGUGGAGCCAGCAGCAAAGGCUCCGGCUAAGAUCCUGUCAUUUGGAGGCACAGUGACCACUCCUUGGAUGAAGGAGGUGCGACUGCCCUGCAGCUCAGUAGGAGAGCCUACACCCUCUAUAAAAUGGACCAAAGACAGUGAGGACACAGCUAUCCCAGUGUCUCUAGAUGGACAGCGUCUCAUUCUGGCCAAUGGGACGCUGGUGCUGCGCUCUGUCAAAGCUGAAGAUUCUGGUUACUACACCUGCACGGCCACCAACACGCUGGGCUUUGACACUAUCAUAGUCAACCUUUUGGUGCAAGUCCCUCCAGACCAGCCUCGUCUAACCGUCUCCACCACCUCCACCUCCUCCAUCACUCUGACCUGGAUACCCGGAGACAACGGAGGCAGCUCUAUCAGAGGUUUUGUGCUGCAGUACUCUGUAGACAACACAGAGGAAUGGAAGGAUGUUUUCAUCAGUUCGAGCGAGCGCUCCUUCAAGUUGGACAACCUGCGCUGUGGCACCUGGUACAAAGUCAAGCUGGCUGCAAAGAACAGCGUUGGAGCCGGACGCAUCAGUGAGAUCAUUGAGGCAAAGACCCAUGGGCGAGAACCCCAGUUCAACAAGGAUCAGCCUGUCUUUACCCACAUUAACUCCAGCCACGCCCGCCUCAAUCUGCAGGGGUGGGCAAGUGGAGGCUGUCCAAUCAGCUCCGUUACGCUAGAGUUUAGACCCAAAGGCACGUGGGCAUGGCAGAAUGUACGGACCAAUGCCACCACAGACGUGUUCCUGGCAGAGCUGCGUGAGGCCACCUGGUAUGAGCUGAAGAUGAAGGCCUGUAACAGCGCUGGCUGUGGCAACCAGAGCUCCCAGUUUGCAACACUGGACUAUGACGGUAGCACGAUUCCACCAAUCAAAUCCCCCCUGGAAAAGAACGAUGAUGUGAAGAAGCUGUUUUCUAUUGGCUGUCCUGUGAUCUUGGUCACUCUGGGUGUUGCACUGCUCUUCAUCAUUCGCAAGAAACGCAAGGAAAAGAGGCUGAAGAGACUAAGAGAUGCCAAAAGCCUGGCAGAGAUGCUGAUAAGUAAAAACAACCGCAGCUUUGACACCCCAGUGAAGGGGCCUCCUCAGGGCCCACGAUUACACAUUGACAUCCCCAGAGUGCAGCUGCUGAUUGAGGACAAAGAAGGCAUCAAGCAAAUUGGUGAGGACAAAGCCACUAUCCCUGUGACAGACACAGAGUUCAACCAAACUGGGAACCCUCAGAGCUUCUGCACAGGUGUGUCUGUCCAUCAUCCAGCCCUCAUCCAGAACACCGGCCCUUUGAUUGACAUGUCAGACAUCAGACCAGGGACCAACCCAGUGUCGAGGAAGAGUGUCAAGUCAGCCCAUAGCAUCAGGAACCGCUACUCCAGUCAGUGGACUCUGACCAAGUGCCAGGCCUCCACACCAGCUCGCACUCUCACCUCAGACUGGCGCACAGUUGGCUCCCAGCAUGGCAUCACUGUCACAGAGAGUGACAGCUACAGUGCCAGCCUCUCACAGGACACAGAUAAGGGUCGCAACAGCAUGGUGUCGACAGAGAGCGCCUCCUCCACCUACGAGGAGCUGGCAAGAGCAUAUGAGCAUGCCAAGCUAGAGGAACACCUGCAGCAUGCCAAGUUUGAGAUUACUGAGUGCUUUAUCUCUGACAGCUCAUCUGAUCAGAUGACCACAGGUACCAAUGACAAUGCAGACAGCAUGACGUCCAUGAGCACACCGUCGGAGCCUGGUAUCUGCCGUUUCACUGCCUCACCACCUAAACCCCAGGACUAUGAUCGUGGCAAGAAUGUAGCCGUGCCCAUUCCACACCGCGCCAAGAGUGACUACUGCAACCUACCGCUCUACAUGAAGUCAGAUUCCUUCUUCCGAAAGCAGUCGGAGCAUCAUGACCCAUGUCCAGUGGUUCCACCACGUGAAGCCUCUAUUCGUGGCCUCGCCCAGCGGGCAUACCACACCCAGGGCCGUCAUGUGACUAUGGACUCUGCAAAGCAGCAGGCCCUAAGCAUGGGCCACUCUGGCCUGUCCAACCUUACUUCCUCUGGGGCUUCCUCUGGAGGAGCAGGAGGUGGUGGUGGAGGUAGUGGGAGUGGAGGAGUGUCUGCUAGCUCUAGCAGCUCCACACUUCCUCAGAGGACUCUCACCAUGCCUGGCUCCUCAGCCUCAGUGGCCCAGAGUGCAGCGGCUGCUGCUGCUGCUACCGCUGCAGCUGCUGGGGCGUCGUCAUCCUCCGGUGGAGGUGGGGUAGCAGGGGCCACAGGAGGGACUCCUGGAGGUGCCUCCUCUUCCUCCUCCAAGGUGGGAGGAUCCAGAGACUCUCUCCUGGAGAGCAGCUCCUCUGGCUUAGGUAGACUACAGAAGCAGAGGGAUGGAGGCGCAGGGGCCUACUCCAAGUCGUAUACACUGGUGUAGCCUGCCAUCACUGCGGCCUGUCACUGUAACUCUUAAUGCUGGUCAAGCCAGCACUUGCCUGGAGCCUCUAUGGAAAAAUGGGGUGAGGAACAUACACAUGCACAGCUGACCCGUCAGUGCCUGCGCUGUGCCGGGCUGCAGGGGGCUGGAUGGGUUCCCAUUGACACUAUUGUAGGAAGGGGUCAGAGUUGGGUCUCCACAGCACAGGGGUUUGCCUUUCUUUCUGCCUGGUUGCUUUCUAUUAUUAUUGUGUCAUCUUUCUCUAUCUCUUAUGUCAUCACCCUGAAAGUCACUUGCCAAAACAUAAAUGAUUUAUCUGUUCACUUCAUAUUUUCAUUUUCUGAUAAAGACAGAGUACUUAUGCACAAAAUGCUUUCCACAUGCGCUGUCUUGUUUUCUAGAUCAAGACAGUCGUAGAAUGAACCAGGUUGCUUGAGUUUUUGAGGUUUUUAGGUUUUAAAACAUGUUACUUUUCUGGUCUCUGAUGGAAGAAGAGCUCAUAUCACAGCAUUGUGCCAUGGCAAGAUGCUUUUACCGUAUGCAUAAACCACUAACCUUGGUGUUACACAGGCUCUGAGAGGUUAAUCCAUCGUGGAUCCAUACUAGAGGCAAUGGAAGGACUGUCGUCUCAGUACAAGUUUUGAGAAUUUUCUUAUACAUGCAAUGGAUGACACAGCAUAGUGGUCUUAAUUGAUGCUUUUAUAAAGAGACUCAAACCAGAGGGGACAAAAAAAUGUCAAGCAUCAUCAAGUGAAAGAUGAAUCAAAACCGUUUUUUUUUUUUUUCCCCUGUAAGUUUUCUGUUUAUUUUCCGAUGAUGGAAAUAUAAUCUCAUGUGCACUAAGAAAAAGUUGGAAUGGAUCCAAGUAACAGAAACCAUCACAAGCCUGCGUGUGUGUGCGUGUGGGUGUAUAUGUGUAAAUAUAUAUAUGUAUACAUGUGGCAGGCACACACCAACAGUGGACCUUUUUGAAAUCAAUCUGUAUGCUGACCUCUUGGGCAGAUGUCUGUGUCAAAACUGAACCCCCAACACACACACACACACACACACACACACACACACACACACACACACACACACCCCGACACUGUUCAUUUUGUACCCGGAUUCGGGGACAGUAACAGUGAUGAUGCUGACAAUGUAACACUAUUUGGUCCAGCAUUUUGAACUUUGUUUUGUUAAGUGUGAUUGACGGCAUUGCUUAAAUGAGAAAUACUCAAGAGGUAGUGGGUUCAUUGCAGAUGAUAAGAAAGAGGUUUCUUUCUUUCUUUUCCUGCCUCGGAACAAAGAAGGAAGAGACUCUUUGACGAUUCAUCAAGGUGCCACAAUGCUAUUAUUUUUUGUUUAACCCAUUUGACCUGUACCCACUUUUUUCCCCCUAUCUAUCCUAACCCACCAUCACUCCGACCCACCCAGUCCCCCCUUCAUCGUAUCCAUACAGUGUCACUGUGACCCUCUGCUAGCAUACUGGCUAGCUGAAAAUACAGAAAGACUGAGAGAAGAGGUCUAAUAUGCACAGACAGGCAGAAAUGCUAUUUGACGUUCAAUGACAACUUGAAUGGAGUGACAUGUUGCAAACAUACAGCAAAUUUAUUCAGAUGUAUACAAGAAAAAACAUAUUUGUGUGGAAUGAUCUUGAACUUACGAACAGACAGUGACUUUGAGAUUAUAGAUGGAGGAUUUAAGUGUUGAUAGAAUUUGCAGUUGGGUUAGGGAAACGGGGAGAGGGCGGGACGCACAGCAGAGAGAAACAGUUUUUCUUCAGAAAUAAGUGGUCUUCAAAACUGAAAGAUGUGUUUUCAAGUCCCUCAACCUCCAGAAAUUUAUUUUAGCUUUAUGCAUGGUACUGUAUCUUUUAACUUAAAGUUUAUUUCCGACCCCACUUCCCCCAUUUCUUCUUCCAAAGCUUAAUCCCAUAACAAAGAUCGUUCCAAAAAAAAAAAAGAAAAAAAAAAGAGUUGCUCCAAAUGUUUUGCAGUGGUAAAA